AUGAGUGAUUAAGAAAGUGAUAAUGAUCAAAGUAAUAGAUAAUCUGGUAGAUUAAGAGAUAAAUAAAAGAGAAGGUAUUUGAUGUUAGAAUCAUUAGUAGGUACAAAUAGAUGGAGGAUGAAAAUUAUGCAUAGGAAUAAAAUUUGAUUGCAAAUGAACGAAGAUCAGCUAGAGCUAUAAAAAAGAAUUAUGCAGGUACAAUGAGUGAGGAAGAAGAGUCUAUAAAUGAACCAAUCAUAGAAACAGAAGUGAAGCAGAUUUUCGUUCCAGAGAUUGAUCAAAUUUUAUGGAGAAAAAUAGACUAAGACACAGCCUUAAUUAAAUAUCUGAUAAAAUUUAAGAAUAGAAGUUAUUUACAUACAGAAUGGCUGGAUGAAGAAAGAGUAUAUUCAAUUUAUUCAAUAUCUUCAGAUCCUUUAAGAAAAGAAUGGCAAACAGAAAAUUAAUAGAUUUAACAAAGUUUUCUAAAAGCGAAUAUAAGAAGAAGUAGAUGACUUUAUGGAAGAUUAAUAUUUUGACCCUGCCUUUUAAGAAGUUGAUCGUGUAUUAUCAUGUACAGAAAUAUUUCCUAUUGUUCAUCCAAAAAAAGGAUCAGAAAUGAUAGGAAAGUGGCCAGAAUCACUUACUAAAGUUAUGUCUCAUUUACUCAAUUUUACAAGAGAUCAAAUUCAUUAUGGUGUAUAUUUAUUAGAAUGUAAAUCUCUAAUUGAUUUUGGAACCAUUAAUAAUCGUCUUUAUUUGGGAUAUUACAAAAAUUAUGAUGAAUUCUGGUAUGAAUUAGGAUCAGUCUUUAAAAAUGCCAAUUAAGAAUGGAUAGAUGGAACAGAAAUGAAUAAAAUUAUUAAUACUUUAAAAGAAUGUGCCAUUAUACUAUAUAAUCUUUGGUAUGAUAAAGCUAAAGAAAAUUAUUAAUCUAAAUUAUAAUAAUAAAGAUAUAUCAAUGAAAAAGCAUACAAAGAAAAAAUCAAUGAUGAACAUAGAGUUGAUAUCAUGCCAGAAUUAAAAAAAGAAAAAAUCAAUGAACUAGUCUAUAAAGUCUUAAACAUUAUUGAAGAUAAAUAAUACACAAUUCAAUCAAAUCUAUAGGAUAUAGAAAUUAUCUUAGAACAAGAACUUAAUAUUAAAUUAUAAAUUUGUAAUCAAGAAGAUUUUGAUCUAGAAGAUUACUUAAAGAAAUCCCUCUAAACGAAAGAUAUAGAUGUUGCUUAAGAAAUGUAAUUAGAAAUGUAAGAUUUUCAAUCAUAAAUGGAUUCUGUAGAUCCAGAUAUCGAAUCUUGGAAUCCAGGAAUAAAAUCUUUGGAUUGGCUACAAGUAUCAUCAUAUGAAAUAGAAAUACUAACUAAAGAUGAAAUCUAAAGUUUAUCAAAAGAAGCUGAUAAACUUUAUUUUGUUAAAUGGAAACAUUUAUCUUAUUUAGAAGCUACAUGGGAACCAGAAUCUCUAAUUGAUUGUAGAUUAAAGAUUUAAGAAUUUAAAUCAUUUAAUAGAAGUCUGGAUAAAGAAACACGGAAUUUAAUGAUGUAAUAACAUUCAAAUCAUAAGAAUUUAGUAGAAAAUGAUUAAGGAAUUAGAAAAAAGAAAUUGAGUAAUAUGUAACUUCAACAUACUAAAUAAUAAUUAUAUUUCCUUAAUUAAUAAAAACCUCCUCAUGAAUAUACAUAACUAACAUAAACAAUUUAUAAGGAUAAAAGAUUAUUAAGAGAUUAUUAACUUGAUAGUUUGAAUUGGUUAAUUAGAGCAUGGUAUGAAGAUAGAAAUGUUAUCUUAGCUGAUGAAAUGGGAUUAGGUAAAACAAUAUAAACAAUCGCAUUCUUAAAUCAUCUAUAUAAUUUUGAAAAUUAUAGAGGUCCAUUUUUAAUAAUUGCUCCUUUAUCAACUCUUUAACAUUGGAAAAGAACUGUUGAAGAAUGGACAAAUCUUAAUGCUGUACUAUAUUACGAUUAAGAAAGUCUUGUUGGUAGAUCACUUUGUAGAUAAUAUGAAUUCUUUUACACUGAUAUUAGUAUGAAAGGUAUUCUAUUAACAGCAUUAGAAAUAUAUAAAUUCUAAAUUCUUAUUACAAGCUAUGAAGUAUUUAUGUAAGAUUUUCAAAAUAUUUUUAUUAAUAUACCAUUCUAAUAUAUAGUUGUAGAUGAAGCACAUAGACUUAAGAACUCUAAUGCUAGAAUCUUACAAUCUCUAAAAAGACUUUCUUGUUAACGUACUUUACUGUUAACAGGUACACCUAUUUAAAAUAAUACUGAAGAAUUAUUUAGUUUAUUGAACUUUAUUGAACCUUAUUAAUUCUCAAAUAUUAUAAAUUUUAAAAGAGAUUAUGGUUAAUUAGAAACAUCGGAUUAAGUUGAUAGAUUAAAUGUUCUAUUAAAACCAUAUAUUUUAAGAAGAUAAAAAGAAGAUGUAGAAUAAAUGAUUCCUCCACUUUAAGAGACAAUCAUAGAUAUUGAAAUGACUACUAUUUAAAAACAUAUUUAUAAAGCAUUAUAUGAUCGUAAUAAAUCAAUGUUGGAAUAAGGAUUUUCAUAAUGGGCUGCUAAUGCUGCAUCUCUUAAUAAUCUUGAAAUAUAACUUAGAAAAUGUUGUAAUCAUCCAUUUUUAAUUUAAGAAAUUUAAAAUGAUUUAUAAAAAGGUUGUUAAACUCAAAAUGAUUAUAUUAAUAAAUUAGUUGAAAGUUCUGGUAAAAUGAUUCUUUUAGAUAAAUUACUUAAUAAAUUUAGAAGUGAAGGUAAAAAGAUGUUAAUCUUCUCUUAAUUCACUAUGAUGCUUCUAAUAUUGGAAGAGUAUUUAAAAUUCAAAUAAGUCAAAUAUGAAAAAAUUGAUGGAUAAAUUAAAGCAAGAGAAAGAUCAAAUGCAAUAGACAGAUUUAAUGAUCCUUCUAAAAAAAGAGAAGUUUUUUUACUUUCUACAAAAGCAGGAGGAUAAGGAAUUAAUUUAACUGCUGCUGAAAUAGUUGUCAUUUAUGAUUCUGAUUGGAAUCCUCAAAAUGAUGUUUAAGCAACAGCAAGAGCUCAUAGAAUAGGAUAAUCAAAAGAGGUUACAGUUUAUAGAUUAAUUACAAAAGAUACAUAUGAGGCUGAGAUGUUUGAAAGAGCAAUAAAAAAAUUAGGUUUAGAUUAAGCAAUCUUUAUGAAUGGAUAAUUUAAAUAAUGUGAAAAUUCUUAUAAAAGUAAUAAAAAUGAUAAAAAGAUGAGUAAAUAAGAUAUGGAAGUACUUUUAAAAAAUGGAAUAAUAGGUUUGAUAAAUAAUAAUUAGAAUGGGGAUAGUUUUUAAGAGAAAAACAUAGAUGAAAUCUUAGAAAAGAAUUCAAGAACUGCAAAAUAUUCAUUAAUUAAUGGUAGUUAUACUGUAUCGAAAUAAUUAUUUGUUUCUGAGAAGACAGACAAAUCAAUAAAUAUAUAAGAUCCAAAUUUUUGGAAAAUGAUCUUAAAAAGUACAGAAAGUAGAUGUUUGAAAUUAAGUAAGAUUUUUGAUUUACAUAUGUCAUUAUAAGAAUAAAAGAAAUAUCUUGAAGAAGUUGGAGAUUGUGUAAAUUAAUUAAUAGAAUCUAAAUUAAGUUAAUCUAAUUAUAGUACUGAUGAUGAAUAAAUAUUAAUAGAAUUGUUGAAUAAAAUAAAUUCAUCUAAUUAUGCAAAAAAUUAUAGAGAACUUGCUAUGAAUUGGAUAUAUGAAUUAAGCAAACCUUCAAGAAGAAUAAAAAAAAUAACAGAUAUAGAUUUAGUUAGAAAAUAAUAGAAAAAUAUAGAAGUUUAAGGAGAAGAUGCAAGAAGAUUAGCAUCAAAGAGUAAGGAAGAAUUAAUUAAAAAAUUAUGUUAUGUAUGUGAAAGAUCAAAUUGUUCUGUAUUUUGUAUGGGUCAUUGUAGAAGAGCAUUUCAUGAAUCAUGUAGAGAGUUAUUGGAAACAUCAGAAUUUAUUAAUAUUGAAGGUCCUAAUUAAGAUUUUCUUAAUAAUAAUGUUUUUCCUGAAUUAAAUUGGAGUGAUGAAUAAUUAAAAGAAAAAAUAAACAUUAGAUAUUCUUGUCCAGAUUGUAGAAAUAAUCUUGUAAUUUGUUUAUUAUGUAAAAUGAAGGGAACAUAUCCUCCAGAUAAAAAAUAAAAAGAAGAACUUUAAAAUUAAGUAGUUGAAUUUGAUCCUUUUGAUGAUAAUUUUAAGAAAAGUAAAAAUAAAUAAUUUAUUUCUAAAUGUUCAACUGCUAAUUGUAAUAGAUAUUUUCAUUUAACUUGUAUAUUAGCUAAUCCUUUAUCAAAAACUUUGGAUACUAAUUCAGAUUUAUUUAGAUGUCCUUCUCAUAUAUGUGUAUUUUGUAAAAUUAAUUCUACUAAUAUGACUACUGCAUUAAUUCAUUGUGUUAGAUGUUGUAGAUCUUUUCAUAGCAAAUGUGCUCCAUCUGAUAUUAAAAUGAAAACUCAAAAAAUAGGUAAAAAAAUUAUGAUUUGUGAUUUAUGUGUUAAACCAAAAGAAGAAAAGAUUGAAUAAAGUAUGAUUGUCAAAAUACCUAUAAUUGGAUAUUAAAAGAAAUCUAAGCUAUUUAAAUCAGAAUUUAAUAGCAUUGGAACUACUGCUAGAACAAGAAGAAUCUAACAAAGAAAGUAUGAAAAUUAUGAUUCUGAUAAAAGAAAUUUAGAUUCAAGUAUGAGUAAUAAUAGUCAGGAAAAGAUAUCAAAAAAAGUUUAAAGAGAAAAAUUAAAAUAAGAUAUUCAUCCAUAUACUUAUGAAGAAUUAGGUAUUAUACCAGUUAAAUAUUUUGAUUAUUCUAAAUACCUUAAUGUAAUAUUUUAUAUUUCUAUAUAUAGGAUUGGUGUAGAUAUUGUGGUGCAAGAUUUGCUUCUAAUUUUACUAAAGGACCUUGGGGUUCCAGAACUCUUUGUACAAUUCAUUAUAUUAAUUGGGUUUAAAAGAAAUCUUUAGAUUUAUCUAUUUAUCCAGAUUUACCUAAAAAUCCAAUAAAUAGAGAUGAUUAAACUGAACUCUAAUUUCUAUAAAGGUUUUAUAUUAAAUGUAUUAUUUUUAGAUAAAAAGCUAAAGAUCCUAAUUUCGAUCCCAAAAAAGAACUUAACAUUAACAAUGAUGAAUAGUAUUAAAUAUUCAAUUACUGA